GUCAAACUGAGAACCGCUGUUUGCCUGCCGGCUCAGCUCAGGUGAAAGUUCCACACGUGCAGUACGUUUCUUCGUUGUUUUCGUUCGGGUUUUUAAAUUUUACAAGGUUUGAUCGUGGUUAUGGGGAGAAAGAAGGAUACCGGUGAGAUGGUGAAGAAGGGUCCGGGAAGAAAGGCGAAAAAGCAGCAAGCGCCGAAAAUGGCUGAGCUUUUAGGGAACAAACUAGGUGGGAACGAGAAAAAGAAUAGAAACAAGAAAAGGAAAUUAAAAGAUAUUGGUGGUUCAGAAAAAGAAAAUAGGGUUAAAACUGCAUCAUUUAUCAGGGAAAAGAAGCAAAGACUUGAUAAAUCUAAACCAAAGAAGAAAACUCAACAGAAACCAGUUUCUGAUUCUGAGGAUGAUGAUGAUGAGUUUGAUGAUGGUGAUGAUAUGGAAGAUGAACCUAGCAAAAUGCUAUUUGGUGACAGUAGCGAUGAAGAAAUUGAUUUCAGUGCAAAGUCUAAAUCAAAGCCUUUUAGUGAUGACAAUGCAGAAUGGCUCAAGCUGGCUGAUGGUGGAGAUAAGUCAGAUUCUGAUAUGCCUGAUGAAUUUGAGGAUGAUGAUAAUAAAGAUAGCAAUCAUGAUGAUGAAUCAGGAAGUGAUCAAGAGGCUGAAAGUGACGACGAGAUGCUUCCGGUUGAGAAGAAAGCCAAGAAGCUGGACAAGAAAAAAGCUCGUGACAAAAAACUUGCUGAUGAAGAAAUGAAGACCAACAUCUCUUCAACAGAAGUGUUUGUUUUGCCAAGCGGUCAAGAAAUAGAGAAAGAAGCCAAUGAACCACCAGAACUGGCACUGAUCAACCAGCGAAUCCGAGAAAACAUCCAGGCAUUAAGCAACUUUAGCAAAGCAAGAGAGCCUGGGAGGUCUCGCAAAGAGUACCUUUCUCUGCUUUUGAAAGACUUGUGUACAUACUACAGCUAUGGGGAGUUUCUCAUGGAAAAGUUUUUGGAGAUGUUCCAAUUGAAUGAGCUGAUUGAGUUUCUUGAGGCCAAUGAAGUCCAUCGACCUGUGACCAUUCGAACAAAUUCGCUGAAAACAAGAAGAAGAGACUUGGCCCAGGCUUUGAUUAAUCGUGGAGUAAACUUGGAUCCGGUUGGGAAGUGGUCAAAAGUUGGUUUGGUUGUUUAUGACUCUUCAGUUCCUAUUGGUGCCACGCCCGAGUACCUGGCUGGGCACUACAUGAUCCAAGGGUCUUCGUCAAUGCUGCCCGUAAUGGCCCUGGCACCUCAGGAGAAGGAGCGGGUCCUGGACAUGUGUGCUGCACCUGGUGGCAAGACCACAUAUCUAGCUGCACUGAUGAAGAACACUGGUAUUGUUGUGGCCAACGAUGCUAAGAAGGAGAGAACGAAAGCUCUUGUAGCGAAUAUUCACAGAUUAGGUGUCACCAAUACUGUUGUUUGCAACUACGACGGCCGGGCAUUCCCAAAGGUAAUGGGUGGGUUUGAUCGCACUCUGCUGGACGCACCGUGUAGCGGCACAGGCGUCAUAUCCAAGGAUCCCUCAGUUAAGACCAACAAGACAGAAAAAGACAUCCUUCGCUGCUCCCACGUGCAAAAGGAAUUGAUUCUUGCCGCCAUCGACUCAGUGGAUGCUAAGUCGCCGACUGGAGGAUACAUCGUCUACUCUACUUGCUCAAUCAUGGUGGAAGAGGACGAAUGGGUUGUCGAUUAUGCCCUCAGCAAGCGUCACGUGAAGCUGGUGCCAACUGGACUGGACUUUGGCCGGGAAGGGUUUUCCAAGUUCCGCGGACGUCAUUUCCACCCCUCCCUCAAGCUGACGCGUCGGUUUUAUGCGCAUGCGCAUAAUAUGGAUGGCUUUUUUGUCGCUAAACUGAAGAAAUUCUCCAACAAAAUCCCCGGAGAAGAAGGUCCAGCUCCCCUUCUUCCAAAGCCAGCGGACGAGGAUGACGAAGGGUCUGGAAACGAAGAAAGCACAGAAACUCCAGGCGGGACAUCACCAAAGGAAACAAACAUAACAACUGAUAAAUCACCUAGCUCCUCGCCCAAGAAAACGAGGCCCAAGUCCAACAAGCAGAAAAAGAAAUCCGGAAAAAAGACUAAGACAAAUUAGUUGCUGUCUGGUAGAAUUAAAGUGAGCAUUACUGUAAUGGGAGACCGUUUUAUUAAAGGGGUCGACCAUGUGAGAAAAAGGGGAGAUCCAUUUGGUGCUACAAGGGGUCGACCAUGUAAGAAAAAGGGGAGAUCCAUUUGGUGCUACAAGGGGUGGGCCAUGUAAGAAAAAGGGGAGAUCCAUUUGGUGCUACAAGGGGUGGACCAUGUAAGAAAAAGGGGAGAUCCAUUUGGUACUACAAGGGGUCGACCAUGUAAGAAAAAGGGGAGAUCCAUUUGGUGCUACAAGGGGUGGACCAUGUGAGAAAAAGGGGAGAUCCAUUUGUUACUACAAGGGGUGGACCGUGUAAGAAAAAGGGGAGAUCCAUUUGGUACUACAAGGGGUGGACCAUGUGAGAAAAAGGGGAGAUCCAUUUGGUGCUACAAGGGGUGGACCAUGUAAGAAAAAGGGGAGAUCCAUUUGGUGCUACAAGGGGUGGACCAUGUGAGAAAAAGGGGAGAUCCAUUUGGUGCUACAAGGGGUCGACCAUGUAAGAAAAAGGGGAGAUCCAUUUGGUGCUACAAGGGGUGGACCAUGUGAGAAAAAGGGGAGAUCCAUUUGGUGCUACAAGGGGUGGACCAUGUGAGAAAAAGGGGAGAUCCAUUUGGUGCUACAAGGGGUGGACCAUGUGAGAAAAAGGGGAGAUCCAUUUGGUACUACAAGGGGUCGACCAUGUAAGAAAAAGGGGAGAUCCAUUUGGUGCUACAAGGGGUGGACCAUGUGAGAAAAAGGGGAGAUCCAUUUGGUGCUACAAGGGGUCGACCAUGUAAGAAAAAGGGGAGAUCCAUUUGGUGCUACAAGGGGUGGACCAUGUGAGAAAAAGGGGAGAUCCAUUUGGUACUACAAGGGGUCGACCAUGUAAGAAAAAGGGGAGAUCCAUUUGGUGCUACAAGGGGUGGACCAUGUGAGAAAAAGGGGAGAUCCAUUUGGUGCUACAAGGGGUCGACCAUGUAAGAAAAAGGGGAGAUCCAUUUGGUGCUACAAGGGGUGGACCAUGUAAGAAAAAGGGGAGAUCCAUUUGGUACUACAAGGGGUCGACCAUGUAAGAAAAAGGGGAGAUCCAUUUGGUGCUACAAGGGGUGGAUCAUGUGAGAAAAAGGGGAGAUCCAUUUGUUACUACAAGGGGUCGACCAUGUAAGAAAAAGGGGAGAUCCAUUUGGUGCUACAAGGGGUGGACCAUGUGAGAAAAAGGGGAGAUCCAUUUGGUGCUACAAGGGGUGGACCAUGUGAGAAAAAGGGGAGAUCCAUUUGGUGCUACAAGGGGUGGACCAUGUGAGAAAAAGGGGAGAUCCAUUUGGUACUACAAGGGGUCGACCAUGUAAGAAAAAGAGGAGAUCCAUUUGGUGCUACAAGGGGUGGACCAUGUGAGAAAAAGGGGAGAUCCAUUUGGUGCUACAAGGGGUGGACCAUGUGAGAAAAAGGGGAGAUCCAUUUGGUGCUACAAGGGGUGGACCAUGUGAGAAAAAGGGGAGAUCCAUUUGGUACUACAAGGGGUCGACCAUGUAAGAAAAAGGGGAGAUCCAUUUGGUGCUACAAGGGGUGGACCAUGUGAGAAAAAGGGGAGAUCCAUUUGUUACUACAAGGGGUCGACCAUGUAAGAAAAAGGGGAGAUCCAUUUGGUGCUACAAGGGGUGGACCAUGUAAGAAAAAGGGGAGAUCCAUUUGGUGCUACAAGGGGUGGACCAUGUGAGAAAAAGGGGAGAUCCAUUUGGUGCUACAUAGGGGUGGACCAUGUAAGAAAAAGGGGAGAUCCAUUUGGUGCUACAAGGGGUGGACCAUGUGAGAAAAAGGGGAGAUCCAUUUGGUGCUACAAGGGGUGGACCAUGUGAGAAAAAGGGGAGAUCCAUUUGGUGCUACAAGGGGUGGACCAUGUAAGAAAAAGGGGAGAUCCAUUUGGUGCUACAAGGGGGUGGACCAUGUAAGAAAAAGGGGAGAUCCAUUUGGUGCUACAAGGGGUGGACCAUGUGAGAAAAAGGGGAGAUCCAUUUGGUGCUACAUAGGGGUGGACCAUGUAAGAAAAAGGGGAGAUCCAUUUGGUGCUACAAGGGGUGGGCCAUGUAAGAAAAAGGGGAGAUCCAUUUGGUGCUACAAGGGGUGGACCAUGUAAGAAAAAGGGGAGAUCCAUUUGGUACUACAAGGGGUGGACCAUGUAAGAAAAAGGGGAGAUCCAUUUGGUACUACAAGGGGUGGACCAUGUAAGAAAAAGGGAAGAUCCAUUUGGUGCUACAUAGGGGUGGACCAUGUAAGAAAAAGGGGAGAUCCAUUUGGUACUACAAGGGGUGGACCAUGUAAGAAAAAGGGGAGAUCCAUUUGGUACUACAAGGGGUGGACCAUGUGAGAAAAAGGGGAGAUCCAUUUGGUGCUACAAGGGGUGGACCAUGUGAGAAAAAGUGGAGAUCCAUUUGGUACUAGGGGUGGACCAUGUGAAAAAAGGGGAGAUCCAUUUGGUACUACAAGGGGUGGACCAUGUAAGAAAAAGGGGAGAUCCAUUUGGUACUACAAGGGGUGGACCAUGUAAGAAAAAGGGGAGAUCCAUUUGGUACUACAAGGGGUGGACCGUGUAAGAAAAAGGGGAGAUCCAUUUGGUGCUACAAGGGGUGGACCAUGUGAGAAAAAGGGGAGAUCCAUUUGGUACUACAAGGGGUGGACCAUGUAAGAAAAAGGGGAGAUCCAUUUGGUACUACAAGGGGUGGACCGUGUAAGAAAAAGGGGAGAUCCAUUUGGUACUACAAGGGGUGGACCAUGUAAGAAAAAGGGGAGAUCCAUUUGGUACUACAAGGGGUGGACCAUGUAAGAAAGAAUGGGCAGUGCACUUCAUAGAACAAGGGAGAGCUAUGUGAGGAAAAAGAACGGUCCAUUUAAAAGAAAAAGAGCUGGAUCAUGUGGCUCAAAAUGGGCGAUACAAUUGAUGUAUUAUCUUAGUAUGGACUAUGGGACAAAAGUGGGGUCAAUUUAAAAAAAAACAGGCAGUGGCGCUCUGCCUCACUUUCUGUGUAUUUAAGCUGCCAGCAAACAGCGCCAACUUCGAUUAUUGCUAGAGCAGCGCCUAGCAUAACUACAAAGCAUAGAGAAUGUUUGCUGAGCUUGACAUGAGCUUUAUCAUUCUGCAAUGGGUCCCAAAAUGCUAGAUUGUUGGCUGAGCGUGACAUAAGCUUUAGCAUUCUGCAAUUGUACUCAUGGUGUUAGAAUGUUGGUUGGGUUUGACAUGAGUUUUAUCAUUCUGUAAUUGGUCCUUUAAUGUUAGAAUGUUGGCUGUGCUUGACAUAAGCUUGAGCAUUCUGCAAUUGGUCUCAUGAUGUUAGAAUGUUGGCUGAGCUUGACAUUGGCUAAGCUUGACAUUGAUUAUGUUAUUGCGGUUCAUUUUUUGUAUCAAAUUUUGAUUUUAUUUAGCUCGUUCAUACUAUUUUUUUUUACUUUUACGAGUCUUGAAAAGGAAAAAUACCACAGAUUACAACAGUUUUCGAAUCUAGUGUAAACUUAAUAUAACGAAAUAGAAGGGAAUAAAGAAAAUAAUCGUAAUCGA